CUCCAAAAAACCUCUCGAAGCCCCAGUCAUCCCUCUCUACAACAAAACAAUGCUGCCGCGCAUGACGACCAAGAUGACCGUCCUGCUGGUUCUGAUGGCCCGUCCCCAUUCCGACGCUCCAGUAGCAGACUCGAUGCCAAUGAUCCCUCCCACAUUCCUUCCACCCCUAUAAGAAGCACUGGUCCUACGCCACGCUCACCGCGCUCGGGCUCUAGCCGCAGUGAGCGUCAGCCCCUGCGAGUACCUGGGUCUCGGUUUUCGGGCGUCGUUGGAAGCUACGGAAGUAUCGUUCCCUCUCCUCCACUGAACGCUGCAUCAUCGGAUGUCGCCUCCCUUCGACUGCCAGAUCCCGCAAUCGACCCAAAGCAUAAUGACUACUCGUCGGAGAGGGAUGCGGAGCAGACCAGUGUACCUGAGACUCCGUCGCCGGUGAUGUCGCGACAUGCGAGCACACGAACUGCGACCAAGGGCAUAGUUCACCGGAGUCCUGCGACGCCCCAGAAGGAUCAUAAGCGGAAUGCAACCCCAGGCCCUCCAAACCGGAGAGGAUCGUUGCUCCAGCGCGUCCUGUCCUAUCCGGACUGGGAACCCCCAGAGAAGCGUGGAGCGGAUGGAUCUUCUGAGUUCGAGAAGCGCCAGGACGAGUUCUUCGCCUUCUUGGAUAGCGAGUUGACCAAAAUAGAAUCCUUCUAUCAGAUGAAGGAAGAGGAGGCCGCAGAACGCCUCAAAGUGCUUCGUCAUCAGCUGCAUAUCAUGCGGGACCAACGCACACAGGAAGUUCUAGGUGCCAAGUUGGCCCGGCCAGAGAAAGACGGAAUGCCAAAGUCUCAUGCAUUCGGUCCUCUAGGUGGCCUCGCUGGCUUCGGCAUACGCGGCGCUCUCACUGGACGUCAUUUCGGGAAGAACUCUAAAGCCCUUGCAGAGUUGGGCACUCCGUCAGCAGCCUUACAAGGACAGGAUCCCGACCAUACAGUGUCGCGUCGCGAUUUCAUCCGUCGGCCCGAGGACCCGACCAACAGCGAUGUCUCCUAUCGCUCCGCUAAAAGGAAGCUGAAGCACGCGCUUCAGGAGUACUACCGCGGCGUGGAGCUGCUGAAGGCGUACGCCUACCUGAACAGGACUGCCUUUCGUAAGAUCAACAAGAAAUAUGACAAGACUACUAAUGCGCGUCCUGCGCAGAGAUACAUGUCUGAGAAAGUGAACAAGUCGUGGUUCGUUCAAAGCGAGGUCACUGAGAACCUGCUGUCCGCUGCAGAGGACCUGUACGCUCGUUACUUCGAGCGCGGCAACCGCAAGAUCGCCGCUUCAAAAUUGCGCCACACUAUCAAUAAAUCCGGAGAUUAUUCUCCAUGCACGUUCCGUGCCGGUGUGCUCUUGAUGGGCGGUGUCCUGUUUGGUGCUCAGUCAUUAGUAUAUGCCGUGCAGAACCUUCAUGAUCGGGAUGGUGAACUAAAGACUUACACAAGCUACUUGCUCCAGGUCAGUAUUUAUCGUUCUGAAUGCCUGCUUCUAGCUAACUGUGCGCAGAUAUAUGGGGGCUAUUUUCUCGUUGUACUUCAUUUCCUACUGUUUUGCCUAGACUGUAUGGUCUGGACUCGGGCCAAGAUCAACUACGUCUUUGUGUUUGAAUAUGAUACCAGGCAUGCAUUAGACUGGCGUCAGCUUACUGAGCUGCCGUCAUUUUUCUUCUUUCUGCUGGGUCUCUGCAUGUGGCUCAAUUUCAUGUCAAUUAAUAGCAUGUAUAUUUAUUGGCCUGUUGUCCUUGUCGGCUUGACCACAGUCCUUCUUUUCCUGCCCGUGCGGACACUAUAUCACCGCAGCCGCAAAUGGUGGGCAUAUUCUAAUUGGCGUCUGCUUCUGGCAGGGUUCUAUCCGGUUGAGUUCCGUGAUUUCUUUCUGGGAGACAUGUAUUGCUCCCAGACAUACGCCAUGGGUAAUAUCGAAUUAUUCUUCUGUCUCUACGCGCAUUAUUGGGGUGACCCUCCCCAGUGCAAUUCUUCGCAUUCCAGGCUGCUUGGGUUCUUUACCUGCCUACCGGGCAUCUGGAGAGCUUUGCAGUGUCUGCGACGUUACGCAGAUACUAGGAAUGUCUUCCCGCAUUUGCUGAACUUUGGCAAAUACACGUUCACCAUCCUGUACUAUGUCACUCUGAGCUUGUAUCGCAUCGAUAAAUCGGAACGCUUCCAGGCUACGUUCAUCACCUUUGCGCUGCUCAACGCCGUGUAUGUGUCGGUUUGGGACCUUGUCAUGGACUGGAGUUUGGGGAACGCCUACGCCAAGCGCCCGUUGCUGCGCGAUGUCCUGGCGUUCCGUCAAGCAUGGGUAUACUAUGUUGCGAUGGUCAUCGACGUCAUUGUGCGAUUCAACUGGAUCUUCUAUGCUAUCUUCACGAGGGAUAUGCAGCACUCCGCGUUGCUCAGCUUUUUCGUUGCGCUGUCCGAAGUCUGCCGACGAGGUAUCUGGACGGUCUUCCGUGUGGAGAAUGAGCACUGCACCAACGUCCUGCUCUUCCGGGCGUCCAGGGAUGUGCCUCUGCCAUACCAAGUCUCCCUCCCGCCAGCGCAGGUUGACCAACAAGCAGAUGGUGUGCCGCUGGAAGAGCAGCAACCGCAAGCACACGAUGUGGAGCACGGCACCCCGUCCACUCCAGGCAUGUCGGUCCGCAAUCGCGGCCUCUCCCGUGUCGGCUCGUUGCUGGCUUCAGCGCAUGCACAGGACUUUCAGCGGAAGAAGCGUCCGGGCCAAGAUCCAGGCGAUCAGCCACUCCGUGGCUCAGAGGAUACCCCGGAUGACUCCACUGACGAUGAAUACCACGACGGCAGAGCGUCCUUGGAUGAUGAUGUGAUUAUGGAAGAGCUUCCGUUUCACGAAGAGCGAAACUAGAGGGGAAGAAGACGGUGACUAACGGGUGACAACUUGCUUUACGAUUUCUUUUUGAUGGCAUAUAUAUACUUAUUACGAUAGAUAUGAUACAUACUAACAUAAUAGAGGCAUAUGAUAGGAGUUAAUGGAGCACUAUAGAACUACUAUGAGCCUAAAAGAGUUCCGUAAUCAAAUCCUCAUAUAUCAUGUAGUAUAGACCAAUCCAGUAGUGUAUUCGUAGUGAAUCUUAUGCAUACUACUAGAACAUACUAGAUGGCGAUAGUAAACCUCUGCCUAAGGCACUGAUACCAUCAGGUGACA